GGGGAGGAUAGAUCUUCUCAGCUGUCCGGGAAGCAUAGAAAGCUUUCCCAUUAGUAUGAUCUUGUGGCCUUCUUGUUUCUCUAAACUACCCAAAAGUCUAUUCCGCCUCUCCCAAAACUACUCCCUCUAAUAUAAGGCGACGAUCGCAUUUGUUAAAUGCGGGUGCGUAGCUCUUCAUUCUUCCCGCUCAGAGCCACGGCGACGCAACACCCUUCCAAAGUCUCUUCCACUGAAACCAAAACCCUAGAACCAUGAGUUCUGAAGCUGUGAACCCCAAAGCAUACCCGUUGGCUGAUGCUCAGCUUACCAUCACUAUUUUGGACCUCAUUCAGCAAGCCGCCAACUAUAAGCAACUCAAGAAGGGAGCCAAUGAAGCAACAAAGACUUUGAAUAGGGGUAUUUCAGAAUUUAUCGUGAUGGCAGCAGAUACUGAACCACUGGAGAUCCUUCUCCAUCUCCCUUUGCUAGCUGAAGAUAAGAAUGUACCCUAUGUCUUUGUUCCUUCAAAGCAAGCUCUUGGUCGAGCAUGUGGAGUCACAAGGGCAGUGAUUGCGUGUUCUGUAACCAGCAAUGAGGGUAGUCAAUUGAAACCCCAAAUACAACAACUAAAGGAUGCAAUUGAGAAGCUCUUGAUCUGAGUUCUAAUCUUUCUGGCGGAAUGGAUCUUGGGUCGUGAAAACCUUCAACUGAUGCUUGAUUUAAUGACGUUGUUGUUUCUUUCACCCUGCACCCUCGGAUCUUUGUCAUCGUUUGUUCUAAAGACAAUUUGUUACAUUGGAGUUAUUUUCCUGUAUUUGGGUCUUCCAAACUUACAAGGAAGUGUAUGAGAAGUACUUCGUAAGUAUAUAGAGUUAUGGCAAUUAUGCUUGUUUUGAUUUCAAAA